AUGGAUUUGGUACCAGCGCCGAGCGGGGAGACCCCGGUGAAGUCCUCUGUGGUCGAACUGGACGCUGUCAACCUCGUGGAGCAGGUCAACGCGGAGUUGACCGCGCUGGAGGAGCCAUCAUCCGACUAUGAAACAGACAGCGAUGAUUCAGAGGCCUGGGAGCUUCUAUCUAAUGGUGACGACGCUAUUCAAAUCAUACGUGACGAGCAACUCCGUGAUGGGCUCGUUCCCGACGCCUGCACACUGGAAGAAGCAGUUGCGUAUCGACAGCGCUUACAUGAUAUCGGUAAGGCGGCAUUCGUCGAAGAGACUAUCGCGCGUGAAACCGUGACGGCGAAGAAGCUUUGCACGGCAUUUGGAAUCGUUCCGCCGGCCUUCCUUGAAGGUGCACCGGACGAGGCAUAUCAUCCGCUGCUAGCGAUCGCCAUCUCAAGAGAAUUCUCCAAGCGACCCAAGCUUCCUCAAUACAACUCGAUCGACGACGCGGUCAAGCUGCUGCAAGAGGCUAAGAACAUCAUCGUAUUGACCGGCGCCGGUAUUUCGACAAGCCUCGGUAUACCUGACUUCCGCUCAAAGGAUACUGGUCUGUAUUCGAAGUUGGCCCAUCUGGGUUUAAGUGAUCCCCAAGAGGUCUUCGACAUCCAUAUUUUCCGGGAAGACCCGAGCAUUUUCUUCUCAAUUGCCAAAGAUAUCCUUCCCACGGAGAAAAAGUUUUCACCUACUCAUGGAUUCAUCAAGCUGCUCCAGGAUAAAGGGAAGUUGUUGACCAACUACACCCAGAACAUCGACAACAUCGAAGGAAAUGCAGGUGUUCUCCCAGAGAAAAUCGUUCAGUGUCACGGAUCCUUUGCGACCGCAACAUGCGUCAAGUGCAAUCACAAAGUCUCCGGUGACGCGAUCUUCAGCGAGAUCAAAGAAGGGAUCAUUCCCGAAUGCGCUGUCUGCCGAAAAAGAAUCGCAGAAGAGGGACUCAAGCCACAAGGGAUGAAACGCAAGCGUAGCACGAACUCUCAGCAGAAAGAUCGCAAAGGAUUUGAGGGUAGCUCAGAUGAAGAUGAAUACGAGAUUCCCACCCCUGGCGUCAUGAAGCCCGAUAUCACCUUCUUUGGUGAAGAUCUGCCCGAUGAAUUUGGCCAACGUCUGGUCCAUCAUGAUCGAGAACUAGCCGAUCUGGUCAUCGUCAUUGGAACAUCGCUGAAGGUAGCCCCCGUUGCCGAAGUGCCAGGGAUUCUGCCUCGCCAUGUCCCACAGAUCUACAUCUCGCGAACACCCGUGUCGCACACUGGGUUCGAUAUCGAUUUGUUGGGCGAUUGCGACGUGGUAGUCUCGGAGCUCUGCCGCCGGGCUGGCUGGGAUCUGCAGCACCACAUGAUACCCGCUGAUGAGAAAGUAGAGGUCACUCCCGUUGAGGGAUACGAAUCACGACAUGUGUUUAAGGUAGUUGGCGCAUAG